CUGAUUUCCAAUGGCGAAGGCGGGGAAAUAUGCGGCGAAUAAAAGCCUCGAGACUCUUCUAGACAUGGACAAAACUGCCGCAGCAGGAAAGAUUAUCGGCAUGCCACCUGUACCGGCAAGGAAGACGAUUCCCGGUCAGGGGUUUGAGUUCAGUAACUUGUCUUACAGUGUCACCAAGAAGCAAAAGAAAGAUGGUGAAUGGUUCAAAAAAGAUGUUUCUUUGAAUGAUAUAUCGGGCCAGGCCGUGAGGGGCGAAGUCAUGGCCAUCAUGGGGCCUAGUGGUGCUGGGAAAUCCACGUUUCUCGAUGCCCUCGCUGGUCGGAUUGCUCGUGGGAGUCUCGAAGGGUCUGUUCGACUCAAUGGAAAGCCGGUGACUACGAGCUACAUGAAGAUGAUUUCAUCAUAUGUAAUGCAAGACGACCAGUUGUUCUCCAUGUUGACGGUUCAAGAGACCUUCAUGUUUGCAGCUGAAGUAAGGCUGCCUCCCUCAAUUUCCAGGGAGGAAAAGAAAAAUCGAGUCAAUGAGUUGCUUAAACAGCUCGGCUUAGAGACUGCUGCACAUACAUAUAUUGGUGAUGAAGGAAGGAGAGGGGUGUCUGGAGGAGAGAGGCGAAGGGUGUCGAUCGGUAUCGACAUCAUUCAUAAGCCAUCUCUGUUAUUCCUCGAUGAACCAACGUCAGGUCUCGACUCGACGAGCGCUUACAGUGUGGUGGAGAAGGUGAAGGAGAUAGCUCGUGGUGGUAGCAUCGUCCUCAUGACCAUUCAUCAACCUUCCUACAGAAUUCAAUUGCUCUUAGACCGUAUAACCGUCUUAGCAAGGGGUAGACUAAUAUAUAUGGGAAGCCCGAGCACACUGCCGGCUCACCUGUCUGGGUUUGGAAGGCCGGUUCCUGAUGGCGAGAACAGCCUUGAAUAUCUUCUCGAUGUUAUCAAGGAGUACGAUGAAUCGACUGUAGGACUCGACCCCCUUGUGUUAUACCAACGUGAUGGUAUCAAGCCUGAUCAAGUUGCGAGGACUCCGGUUCCGAGAACACCGAAAAUACGAAAGAACUCUUUCGUGAAAACGCCUGUCUCGAGGCAUGCUAUUAGCCUUCAUAGCCAUGCUUUCUCUACUGCCAACGGAACUUCUCGAUCAGAAUCCGGCCGGUUUGAUUACAAUGAUGAAGACGACGAUGAAGAUGAGGACUUCGACUACUCUCUGGAACGUAAAUCUUCCCGGUUCCCGGCCCAGACUCCAUUGAGUAUGCAGAGUAGUGCUUAUCAGCCACGCUUGGCUUCUCAGUUCUACAAGGAUUUCCCUGUCUGGGUAUACCGCGGUGACCGGAAUCCUCGCCGUGCACCAUCCUGGACUCCAGCUCGAACUCCCGGUCAAACGCCUAGUUCUGGUAGGAGUUUCCUUUCGGGCCGACAUCAAAUGGCUCAACAAAGUCGAACACCUUCUCACCACAAGACCCCGGUUGUUUUUAGCCCAUCGAUAGAACCGUAUGCACCUUCAUACGAAGAGUUCGACUUGGAAGAAGUGCUGGAUGAGCGAGAUCAUGGACCCAAGUUCGCGAACCCAUGGCUCAGAGAGGUCGCAAUCCUCUCGUGGCGCACCCUUCUCAUCGUGGUUCGAACCCCGGAACUCUUCCUUUCACGAGAGAUAGUAUUGACAGUCAUGGCAAUCAUCUUAUCCUCACUCUUCCGAAACUUGAGCCACUAUGAUUUCAAAACAAUUAACCGGCUUCUCAAUUUCUACAUCUUCGCAAUCUGCUUGGUGUUCUUCUCCUCAAACGAUGCCGUCCCGACUUUCAUACAAGAAAGGUUCAUCUUCAUCAGAGAAACCUCCCACAACUCGUAUCGAGCUUCAUCCUAUGUCAUCUCCUCCCUCAUUGUCUACCUCCCGUUUUUCGCCAUCCAAGGCUUCACAUUCGCUGCAAUCACCAAGUACUGGCUUCACCUCAACAGCAGCCUCUUAAACUUCUGGUUGAUCCUUUACGCAUCUCUGAUAACAACCAAUGCAUACGUGAUGCUCGUGAGCGCACUCGUCCCGAGUUACAUCACUGGCUACGCCGUCGUGAUCGCCACCACGGCUCUCUUCUUCCUCACAUGUGGUUUCUUCCUCAAAGGGAACAAGAUACCCAUUUAUUGGAGGUGGCUUCACUACAUCUCGGCAAUCAAAUACCCGUUCGAGGCCUUGCUUGUGAAUGAGUUCAAAGACCAGGAAAUCUGCUACGCCGGAGACCCAGCCGAUCUUUCACCGGGUCCUUUAGGGGAGCUGAAGAUCAGUGACUUGCAUGCCAAACACAAUGAUACCUUGCAAUGCACAAUGAUUGGAGAGGAUGUUAUAUCAUCCAUGGGAAUUAACUUGGAGAACCUUUGGUAUGAUAUUCUUAUCUUGCUUGCAUGGGGAGUUCUUUAUCGCCUGUUUUUCUACGUCGUUCUCAGAUUUUACUCCAAAAACGAGAGAAAAUAA